AUACUGUCUCUGCUUCUGGCUCACUUCGGUCCCAACUUUUCAAGUCUUUAGUCUUUCCACUCUGCCGACCAAUUAUUUGCCAGCUCGCAUUUUAUAACUACACAUUCUUGACCUUGCUGUUUGUUAUUUUUAAAGAGAAUUAUGGUCAGAAAAGUUCCUCGGAAGAACCCUCGACCAGUGAGAAACAUGGAAUAUGGUGACAAUGGCCAGCCAUCUGCCAACCACUCAGGCACUCUGCCCCCCUCAGAAAGGGAACAGCAAGCCCUGCAGCGGACCAAGAAGACCAAUUUGCGUUUCUCAAGUAAGCAGACGGCGAGGAAGUCCACGAGUGGACUAGCGUUUAGCAAGUCGACGGGUUACGUGCCUGCGAAGAAACUAGCAACUAUAUCCAACAGGGGAAACAAAGUGAAGCGCCGCUACAAGCCUGGAACUGUUGCCCUCCGAGAAAUCCGUCAGUAUCAAAAGUCGACCGAACUGUUAAUCCGAAAGCUACCUUUUCAACGCCUCGUGAGGGAAAUUACACUUGCCACCAACCCCCACAAAGAUCCCCUGAGGUAUCAGUCAGCUGCCAUCGAAGCUCUGCAGGUUGCGAGUGAGGCUUACUUAUCCGAGCUCUUUAGCGAUGUCAACAUCUGUGCGAUCCACGCCAGACGAGUCACAAUAAUGCCCAAAGACAUGCAGCUCGCCUUGCGGCUGAGAGGUGAUCGUGACCAUAAUUUGACCUCAGGAUCAAGUCGAGGCUAUCUUUAAAUUGCAAAUGAAACUUUUUAACGUAUGAACACAUAUAUAAUAUGACGCAUGGAACGGUCCAGUUUUUACACUAUUUAUUUAUCUCAAACAUUUGCCUAAAAUCCUUUUAAUUUAAGCUUUUUUUAAAAAACUUGAAAAAAAUUCAUUACACUUAACGUUGGAAUGUUCAUUCCUAAUUCUAAUUACGAAUUGGAAGUAAUGCAUGCGAGUUUCAUGCAAUUGAUCUCAUCUCAGAAGAAAACUAGAUAAAAAAAUAAACGCAUUUAAUUUCUAACUUCGCAAACGCAAA